UACAAUAAAAUAAUAAGAUGUUCUCUUAUUGUAUCUAAUGCCAAGGAGAAACAAACAGAACAUUUUUAUCAAGCACGGAUAACAGAAAUCUGAAGUCACUGUCCUUGAGCAAAACAAUGAACACAACAGCAAAGGGAAUUUUAUGGUCAAUCCAAAGCUAUUUUUGCUUCCCUUUUUAUCUUCUUCCAUGUAACGUUUUUGAGAUUGAGAUAUGAUUUCAAAUAGUCCCAAAUUUCAAGACAAAGUAAACAGAGUUGAAAAUAAAUUUACUUUCCAUGUUUAUGCAUUUCUUACCGCAUGCCAGCAUCCCUAGUUUUUAUAGAAAAAAGGAUUUCUGUGAGUUUGUCAUAGAGUGGCUUGCAAAGUUAUUCACACCGUUUUAACUUUUUCACAAUUUGCCAAGAUACAAUCACAAACUUUAAUGUAUUUUACAGAAUCUAAUGUGAUAGAUUCUUAACAUAAAUGGUGCAUAACUGUGUAGUGAAAAUAAAAUAAAAGAUUAUUUUCAAAUUGUUUUGAAACAUAAAACCUUGGGAAGUUCAGUAAGCAUUUGAACUCAGCCUCCUUUACUCUGAUUACCCUAAAUAAAAUCCAAUGUGACCAACUUCACUCUGGACCACCAUCCUCUGUGAAAUAUGCUGAUGGCAGCAUUAUACCGUGUGGAUACUUUUCUUUAGUGGGGAUGUUGACAAGAGUUGUUAGAAAGAUUGAUGGAACCAUUGAAGUUCAGUCUCCUGUAUAAAUAUGUAUAAACAUUGCUGACUUUUUUCGACUUUUCCUUUACACAGCUUGUGUUGUUUUACCACUGAAAAUCCCAUUAAAAGCACUCUUGAGUUAGUGAUUAACGUUAGUAAAUGUAAAAUAGUAAGCAAAAAAGUUCAAGAUGCUAUUAUCACAAGGAUUUUGAACCGGUUACACAAGAAUGGCUAAACAUAAUUUCCACUUAAGUGGAUGUAAAAAGUCAUUGCCUGUGGAUAUUCUUGGUAAAGUCCACUGCUUAACAGAGUUAUCAAACCAUGAAGAUGUACUAAAGAGUUUGUUCUUUGACUGUUUGUAAAACAUUAAUAUGCGUUUCACUCUAAAGGCGGUUACAGCUGACGCCCAAGAAAAAAAACAGAAAAACAGGUGGGACAGAAAGAUUUGCUUUCAGCUCUGACCUCUCAUGUCCGUGUCACUUCCGUGUUCCGCUCACCUGUUACACCUGUGUCACAGCGCUGGUCCGCAUAGGUACGAGUCUCACAGCUCCGCCGGUGCGCACCUGUUCUCCUAUUGUGCCAUGACUGAGGGAUUUACCGAAUGUGACUUAACAUGCUCGUCUCCUACUACAUCUGUGGAGACCUUAAAUGCCGUGGCAUGCCUGAAAAUUGAUCCCGAGCAGCCCAUUUUCUCUGUGCUGACCGGCGGUAUGAAGGAGCAGCAGCCGAAGCAGGAGGAGGCGGACAUUGCCGUGUCCCAUCAGAGCACCUGCGGCGGCAGCGGCGGGGGAGCUACCUCACCGACGUCCGCCGCCUCUGACACCGAGUCCGGCAUCUUCUCCGUGGAAAGCGAGGUCUGCGCGGAGCACGACUCCGAGCUGGACUGGUUCUGCGCCACGGAGCAGAAACUCAUCUGUUCCCGCUGCGCCAACGCGGGCCCCUGUCGGGAACACAGCGUGGCCCCGCUGGCCCGCAGAGUCGGCGUGGUCAGGAACCAGCUGGUGGAUGUGUGUGAAAAAAUCCAGCUGCAGGCCCUGGGGAUAGAGAAGUUCAUCCAGCAAACACUGGUGGCCAAAGAGCAAAAGCUGCAGGCGUCGGCUAGCAGGGCGAGGGAGCAGGUGCUCGCGCAGGUCGCCGCCGCCCGCGAGGCCCUGGAGGAGGAGGAGCAGCGCCUCCUGGAGCAGGUGCAGAGGGAGGAGGAGCGGGUGGAGCAGUGCCUCCUCACUCAGAGAGCUCACUGGAACCACGCUCUGACGAGUCUGUCUCAAACACGCUCCCGCUUGGUGCACACGCUGACGCACGCUGGCGACGCACAGCUGGUGACCAGUGUCCAAGAAAUUGCUGAAAGGGUGGAGGAAGCUGAAGGAGUCGGGAAGCCCUGUGACACCGACCAGCUCAACUUGAACCCAGCCUGUAUUGACAGCAAGCUGCUGAGGGGCCUCUGGGCGACUGCUCUGCUGCUGGGGCCCAACGCUUAUGGAUCACCUCUGUUAAAGUUUGAUGAGCGCACAGUCAGCCCACUCCUCUCCCUCUCUGAAGACCUACGCACUUUGACUUUCCUCCAAAAGAAGCCCCGCCAGUCUCUCCCGUACGACCCAGCUCGCUUUGACUCCUGGCCCAAUGCUUUGGGAUCUCUGUCCAUGUCGUCUGGCACCCACAGCUGGAUAGUGGACGUCGGCAAAAGUGGCGCCUUUAAGAUCGGGGUCUGCUACUCCUCUCUGGAGCGCAAAGGUUCUGAGAACGAGGCGCGGCUAGGCUACAACAGUAAGUCGUGGGUGCUGUCCCGCUAUGAUGGCGACUAUUCCUACUGCCACGCAGGGAAGAAGGUUCCCCUGCAGGUGGUGACGAGGCCCCAGCGGAUCGGCCUGCUGCUGGACUGGCUGAGCCAGACGCUGCUGUUUUACGAGCCAGACUCUGGUUCUGUGCUGCACUCUGUCACUCAGCCCUUCAAUGCGCCGCUGCUUCCGGCGUUUGCUGUGACUGACCGCAGCAUCACCAUACUGCACUGAAAGACCACAUGAGUGCACAAAUGUUUAAAAGCAGAAGGGAGAGACAUUUCUGUAUCAUAGAAAUAUGAUGUGCAGGUGAACAGGAGCUCUGUGCAAUAAUGAAAACUUCCAACUGCAUCAGUUUUUUAUUUAUUCAAAUUUUUUUUCUAAUUACUUUUGUAUUAUUUUUAAUCAUUUUUUAUGCUUAUUAUUUUUAUAUGUUGAUUAUAUUACAUUGUUGUACUGUUGUAAUUAUCCAUUAGGAAAUAAUUUUGACUGAAAAUUAUUGUUUUUUUAAUAGAAAUAUUGUCUUUGUAAUAAGAAAACAGAAUAGAUUUUUAUUUUGUAUUAUGUAACGCUUUUAAACGUUAUAGAUAACAACAAUAAGACUGGUUGAUCCAGACUUUUAAAAUCACAGAGCUUGAACACUUGACUACUAAUUUAAUCCUGUUUACCUUAUGAUUAGUAAAGUGAUUAUUGCUGUUUCA